UAUGAAUAUAUAAAUCAAAAAUAUUAUUUAUUCUAAAAGUAUUAUAUUUCCUAAUCUUAAUCUUACUAUAUAUAUUCAUUAUUACAAAUAAUUAAAAAAUUAAAUCCAUUUUUUAGAUUCUUUCUCAGAACUAUAAAAAUUAGUUUCUUUCUUUUUAUUUAAUAAUCUUUAAUANUAAUCUCCCCUACUUAUCAAUAAUUUAAAAGUAAUUCCUACUAUUGAAAAAUAAACUUCUAAAGCAGAAUUACUAUAAACUAUCAAAUUACAAUAAAUAUAACUUCCAAAAUCCAAUUAUAAAGAAGAACCUACUAAAAAAACUGUUGAAUAACCUAGAAUCAAUUAAAGAGCUCAUAGUGCAUGUAUCUUCUUAAUUCUUAUAUUUAGUACCUGGAUAAAUCAAAGAUAGAAAUCCAUCUCCUAUUAAUAAUUAAUAAAAUUAUCCUUCUGCUUCUAGAAAAAAAGGAGAACUUCCAUCAACUCCAAAUACCAGAAUUCAAAGUAGUGCUCCAAGUCAAAGAGAUAGAGAAAAAAUGCUUUAAGAAUAACUCAAAAUUGAACUUAAAAAAGAAUAACAAAAAUUAAAUGAAUAAAGAUAAUCUAUCAAAAACAAUAAUCAACCUAUUGCUUAAGAAGUUAUUCGAUAAUAAAUUAUACAAUAACACAAAAAAGAAGAUAUUAAAAAUGAAGAUAAAUUAUCUAAUUAAAGAUAAAAAUCAGUUGAUAACAAAAAAGAAAGGCUCAUUGUUUCUGCUUAACCAAAAUAAUAAAUUUAACAAAGUGUUUAAGCCUAAGACACUUAAUAUCCAACUCAACCUUCUGAAUUUAUUGUUGCAGGAUUAAAAAAUAUUAAUCCUUAAUCAAUUCAAUCUAUUUUAUGUCAACCUGUCUUAGAAAUUGGAGAAAGUCCAUUUCCAUAAAGAGCCAAAGUUAAAAAAUAAGAAUAAAUUAAUAAUCAUUAACAUUAUUUCCCUAUUUAAGAAGAAUUUUCUGAUCGCAAAUUAGUUAAAGGAAAAACUAAUAUAUGA